UCCCGUGAUGAGCUUCAGCGACAGCCCCAGGAUGGGACGCCACGAGUACCCGCUGUGGGCGAACGCCCUCGGCUGCCUGGCUGUGGUCUCGUGUCUAGCGAUCAUCGGGGCCGUCAGCGUCAUCGUGUACCAGAAACACAACCGGGAUGUCAAGGAAGCGGUCAAGCCAAACUUCAUGUGGGGACCAAAGGAUCCAGCGCUUCUGGACGCCUACAAGAAACACCGCAGUACCUGCCUGGGACUGCAACGUUUCAAAGUGUCAGCCGACCAAAAUACAAGCAUGCAGAGGAUAGGUUACCUGCCGGAAUAGAACUGGCUCGUCAUUUCCGUUUUCGAGAGCAACUCAGUUCAAAGGAAGGAGCGACCACUACAGUCAUACCACUCAACGUACCGAUAAAUAUAUUAGCGCAUUUACUGAUAUGGUGUUCGGCCUGUGCGCGGUCUUCUUUUUUUUUUUUCAGCGAAGAAUUAAACUUGCACAAGAAUCAACGGAAUUCACAUUUGUGCUCAAAGGAAGUCGUGCUCUACUAGCCUCGCCCCUUUCUCCACCGUGCCUGUGUGCACACACCUAGCGUGCACACGUUGGUAUCCAAGCGAAGCCUAAAUUUUUAUGACGGCCUGUACAAUAAUUUAACCCGUAUCGGCGGUAAAUGACCCAUUGGCCACCUUUUUACAGUAAACCAGAAGAAACGUUAAGUUAUAUCAGGAUGAAUAAUGAGCACUUUCGCAGGAAUAAGUGAUGGAUUCCUAAUGUAAAACAAAACCGCUUGACUUACGUUUACGCAAGACAGCUCCCAUAGAUCGUGCGUCGAUAAGUAUUUGUUGUUGCGCAUUUUUUAAACCUAUUUGUGGCCUAUAGUCAUUAGCACCUCGGCAAACGUGGCACUGGCGUCGUGUCACAGGGCGCUGUGUAAUGCUGAAAUGCGUUCACAUUGAUUGAUUCCACUGGGCAAAAUUUUUUUUUGAUGAAAGCAGGUCUGGAUAUUUUUUCUUCUUACAUGUUCAUUUUUGACGAUGGCUGAUGAUCAUUUAUUGACAUCCCGUUUGAAACGCGGCGGUGAUAAUUAGUCACCUAGCCUGCUUGAUUUAAUCAGGUAUGCCAUACAUAUUGUUCAUUCUAGCAUGUUUGUAUAAAUCUUCAUCAUCUUUUUUCUCUUCCUCAAAACUUCUCUAUCUACCUUGUACCACUACCUAUGCUUGUAACGGAUCCGGCCGUGUCAGUCUCUUCUCUGCUGUUUUUUUCUAAUCCAAUA